UCCCGUGAGUUUUGCGUUAUUUACACCGGUUUUGUAAGUCGUUGUUCCAGAAUUUAGGUAAUUAUCCGUUAACUUUUUCUGAACUGCACGUGUAGCUACAUUCUUUUUACGCCGUUUUCAACGAUUCUUUAACUUCGAGAUCUUCGAUAUGAUCCGACAUGUGAUGUAUUUAUUUUGGUCAAGAGUCCUACGUUCUAAAUGAGACCGAUGUCCCAUGCUUAUCUCCGGUGCUAUCGUUGCCUCCAGGCUUCGCUGUAAUUAGUUUGAUCGAGUGGGGGAUUAGCUCCUCAGCACACACAUAUGACUAACAUGGCUAUUUCCAGAGCGGACUAUCUCGGGCAAUUGCGAUGCGGUUCUCUGCCCUGAGCGAACAAGGGCCACGGGUGCAGUUGCUACCCCAAAUGCUCCCUUCUCCAGCGUGGCUCCGCGUUCUCGACAGGGCUCCAGCAUGAGCACGGAUCUUGAGCGCCUGUCGCUCAACUCGUCCUCUGCCAACUCUGUGGGCUCCGGCGGCCGCACACUGUCGGCCAACGUGAAGAAGCUGCACAAUGCGCUCAACCUCCUGCUCAACGACUUCGAGCGGGAGCAGUUCAUCCACUGCCUUAACGUUUACCACUCCAAGCGCAACGUGUUCGACCUGGUUCAGACUCUCAAAGUCAUUCUCAACGCGCCCAGCAAACGCCAGCUACUGCCCAUGCUGCGCCUAGUUAUUCCGCGUUCGGACCAGCUCCUGUUCGACCAGUACACGUCGGAGGGCCUCUAUUUAAAGUCUGAUAUUUUGGCAAGCAAUGGCAGUCCUGAAAACCUCGGGGAAAUUACCAACGCAAACCUCACCCCAGUUGCUGGCGGUCAUCACCCUGCACCGCCGGCGCAGUCUCUUCACGCUCACGGGGCCCUGAGAGCGUCUCCGGAUAGUUUCAGCACCAGCAGCGAGGGAACAGCUCCCCUCGUGCCGCUACUGGGUAGAGGAUUCUUGCAGGAAGUUCCCGGGGAAAUCCGACAAGUGUCUCUGAAACGCAACAAGAGCAACGAGGGUUUGGGUUUCAGUAUUCGCGGCGGCUCGGAGCACGGAGUCGGGAUCUAUGUGUCGUUGGUGGAGCCUGGUUCCUUGGCGGAGAAAGAGGGUCUGAGGGUUGGGGAUCAGAUCAUGAAAGUCAACGAUAAAGUGUUCGACAGGGUGACACACGCGGAAGCAGUGAAGGUGUUGAAGGGCAGUAAGAAGCUGUCCCUGUCGGUGCGGUCAGUGGGGCGGAUCCCGGGGGGAUAUGUGACCAAUCACGUGUACACGUGGGUGGACCCUCAGGGGCGCAGUGUGUCCCCGCCCCCGGACCUGCCGGAGCACCGGAGCGCCACCCUGCGGCGGGGCGAGGGGCCCAGACGCAGCCACCUGCAGCUGCUGCAGGACGGGGACGAGAAGAAGGUGAACCUGGUGCUGGACGAUGGGCGGUCUCUGGGGCUGAUGAUCAGGGGCGGGGCUGAGUACUCCCUGGGCAUCUACAUCACCGGGGUGGACCAGGGCUCCGCUGCAGAGUGUGGAGGGCUGAAGGUGGGAGACCAGAUCCUGGAGGUGAAUGGGCGGAGCUUCCUGGGCGUCCCCCAUGACGAGGCGGUGCGCGUGCUCAAGUCCUCGCGCCACCUGAUGAUGACGGUGAAGGACGUGGGCCGCCUGCCGCACGCCCGCACCGUCGUCGGGGAGACCAAGUGGAUCAGCUCCCAGAUCGCUGAGAGCUCGGCCAGCAGCAGUGUGGCGGGGCUGCCUAUGGACCAGGGGGCCUCUGCAUCGGGGAAGCCCAUGUUCUAUAAGGGCGUGGCCGGCUCUCAGGUGACCCUGUCCAGCCUGGUGACCCCGCCCCGGGCCCUCCUGGAGGAGCAGGCGCGCCACCUGCUGACGGAGGCGGAGCGGCAGACCAUGGGAUACUACCUGGAGGAGUACCGGGACGGCCACAUCGCAGUGGAGUCUCUGGUCAUGGCUCUGUUCGAGCUGUUUAACACCCACGCCAAGUUCUCCCUCCUGUCGGACGUGCGGGGCCUGGUGGCUCCCCAGGAUCUGGAGCGCUUUGACGGGCUGGUGCUGCGCCGCGAGAUCCAGGCUCUGAAGGCCCGGCAGGCCGGCGUGGCCGCUCCCCCGCCCCACAACCACGACUCCUUCUCCAUGGUCUCCUACCCUGACACCCUCACCUCCUCCGCCAGCUACCUGACCUCCACCACCCUCAGCUCCGCACGGAAUGAGAGCACGUUGGAUGGGAGCUGUGGAGAUCCACAGGAGGCGCUGGACGGCCUAGCUGACAUCUCUCUGGAUGAAGUGAACUCCGUCGUUGGGCCCCCUCCCUCCUUUAAACCCCCUCCCCCACCGGGGGUCCAGAGACGCCCCAGCCGGCGAGACCACCCCAAACCAAAGAGGCCCUCCUCUCUGUCCUCCCAGGGUGGGCUGUCCUUCACCGCCCCCUCCGGCCUGCCUCCCGCGCCCUCUGACCUCCCCAAACGGGAGGUGGCCACCACCCAGCUCUCCUUAGUCACCCAGCAUCCCAUUGGCCCAUUCCCCCGAGUGCAGUCCCCUGGCAGGGCCAAGCCAGCCCCGCCCCCUCCCGCCCCUGUCCCCGCCCCCACCCCUGCGGCCCCGCCCCCGAGCCCUGAAAAGCUCCCGCCCUCUUCUCCCAGCACCAGUCAGCACUUUGUGAUGGUGGAGGUUCACAGGCCCAACGCAGAGCCUGACGUGAAUGAGGUUCGACCGCUGCCACAAGCCAGAGGAGCCGCUCUGUCCCGGCUGUCAGACAGUGGACAGACGCUCAGCGAGGACAGUGGAGUGGACAUCGCAGAGUCGGGGGGGUUGAGCAAGGACAGCAGUCCCCGUCCCGCCCGGCCACGCCCCUCGCGGGAGGGGCAGGGAGGGGAGGGCAUCUCCAAACCGCCUGGUUUAUUGGAGCCCACCUCCACCCUGGUGCGCGUGGCCAAGAGCUCAGGCACACUGGGAAUCGCCAUCGAGGGCGGGGCCAAUACGCGGCAGCCCCUCCCACGCAUCGUCACCAUACAGAGGGGGGGCUCUGCCCAUAACUGCGGGCAGCUGCGGGUGGGUCAGGUGAUCCUGGAGGUGAACGGCGUGUCGCUGAGGGGGCGGGAGCACCGGCACGCAGCGCAGCUCAUCGCCGAGGCCUUCAAGACCAAGGAGAGGGACUACAUCGACUUCCUGGUCACCGAGUUCAACGUGGCGCUGUAG